AUGCAAACUUUGGCUAUGCAAGGUCAGGGUACAGGCAAUAACAGUAUGAUCGGAGCUGUGAGUUCUAUGCGUAAAGUGGUUACAUGUUUCGCAUGCAAUGGAUUUGGACAUGCUGCAAAACAAUGCCCUACAUUAAGGAACAGUUUCAAACAAGACACUCAGUUGUCACCUAAAGUAUGUUAUCUGUGUCAAAAGCCUGGACAUAUAGCUCGUAACUGUUUUAUUUCCAAACCAGGACAAGGUGAUGUGCAAAACAGUCGAGGUAAGCAUGUAGCUAAUAGAAAGUCUCCAGUUUGCUAUCGUUGUGGCAAAGAAGGUCACAUUGCCAAGUUUUGUCGGACUGUAUUGGACGAUACUAAGGAUGCUGUACAAAGCCAAGAUCAACGUUUGAACAACCAGCAAAACCGAACUUGCAUGCAAAACGAAACACAAUCUAAGAUAAGAUUAUCAACAAUUUCCCCAGCAAGCAAAAGGAAAACCCUCAUGGUUGAAGCCCAGAUAAAUGGGAAAUCUAAGCUUUGUAUUGUUGAUACGGGUGCUUCAAUUUCACUAAUUAGCAAGAAUGAGUGGCAAUUAUUAAAGGGAAACAAUGCCUCUUUGACACCAUCUGCAUGAUAUCGUUGCUGAGGCAGCAAACAAUUCCCCGAUAGGGAUUCUGGGUAAGACAGCCUUGAAUGUUAAAGUUGACCCUGGACAAAUAUCAUGCCAUGAGUUUUAUGUUGCUAGUGACAUGAUAUCUGAGAUUAUUCUUGCCCUGGACUGGCUAAUGAGUAAUAAAGUCAACGCUGACCUUUCAAGAAUGGUGUUGACAUAUCCUGAUUUGUCUACUAAACCCUUGUCCGUGUUUGAUUCGAGUGUGACAGAGCCCUUAGCUGUUGUUUUGGAUGAAGAUAUUGAAGUCCCGGCAAAGCAUGAAAUAUUUCAAACAGCUCGAAUAAGAAAUCCUACCAUUUCUGAAAGUAUUUUGGAACCGAACAUGAAACUAUCAGGAAAGGGUGUUUUAGUUGCUAGAGUUGUUGUUCAGCCAAAGGAACAAAGAGUUCCUAUGCAGAUAAUAAACCCAGGAACAGAACCGGUUAAGUUAUAUAAAGGGAUGAAAGUAGGAAGUCUACAACAAGUCGAUGAUGUUGAGAUGAGUGAUCCCAUUCUUAUACCAAAAGAUUCCCCCAAUGAUGUCCAUUUCCAACUUGAUCAUUUGCAACCAGAACAAAAAACAAGAAUGGAACACUUGCUAAAUAGUCAUAAUGAUAUGUUUGCCACAAAUUCACGAGAGUUAGGCCUUACAUCAGUAUCAGAGCAUAAGAUUGAAACUCAAGAUGCAGUGCCCAUAAAACAGUUGCCUCGGCGUUUGCCAAAUGCACUUCGACCUGUUGUAGAAGAACAAGUUAGUGAAAUGUUAGAGAACCAAGUGAUAAAGCCAAGUAAUUCACCCUGGGCCAGCCCCAUAGUCUUGGUGCGAAAGAAGGAUUGUGAUUGGCGCUUUUGCAUUGAUUUUCGAAAAUUAAAUGAAGUGACCGUAAAGGAUGCAUUCCCUUUAUCCCAAGUUGCUGACUUGGUUGACUCGUUAUCAGGCCAUAGAUAUUUCUCAACGCUAGAUUUGGCGUCUGGUUACUGGCAGGUUCCAAUGGAAGAGUCCAGUCAAGAGAAAACAGCUUUUGUUAUCCCCGGAGGAGUUUCUACGCAUGCCAUUUGGGUUGACAAAUGCGGUUCCUACGUUUCAAAGGCUUAUGUCAGUCAUUCUGGAAGGUCUCUUGCCUCUUAGGCGUCUUGUAUACCUAGAUGAUGUACUGGUCAUUGGUCGGUCUUUUGAGCAGCAUUUAGAGAAUCUGGAAGCAGUUCUAGAAGCAAUCAGCAAAGCAGGACUGAAACUGAAACCUUCAAAAUGUCAUUUUGCACAAUCAAGUGCAGACUUACUUGGUUUUACUAUUUCAGAUUAAGGUUUGGCUCCAGAUUCCAAGAAAGUGGAAGCUAUCAGCAGAUAUCCAACUCCGAAAGACCUGACAGAGUUAAGGCGCUUUCUUGGUAUGGCUUCGUACCACCGCAGGUUUAUCUCUGGGUUUAGUGACAUUGCUAGUCCACUAAAUCGUCUCACUCAGAAAGACAUGCCAUUUGUAUGGGAUGAGAACUGUGAAAAUGCAUUCCAAACUAUCAAAGAGCAACUUAUGUCGAGUCCUGUUCUGGCAUUCCCAGAACCAAAUGGUGAUUAUAUUCUAUACACCGAUGCAAGUGAUGUAGGAGUAGGAGCUGUUUUGGUACAAGAAGAUGGAGAGGGAGAGGAGAGAGUUAUAUCUUAUGCAUCGAAAGCGUUCUCAGGUUCAGAGAAGAACUGGACUACCACAGAGAAAGAAGCAUACGCUGUUGUUUGGGCUCUCGGACGAAAGGUGGUCAUAUAUACAGAUCACAAGGCUCUAAAGUGGUUGAAAAACGUUAAACAUCCAAAUGGUAAACUGGCACCCUGGAUUUUGAAACUGGAAGAGUACGACUACACUAUAGAACAUAAGCCUGGUAAUAUGAUGCAACAUGCUGAUGCACUUUCCCGUGCCCCGGUUAACAGCAUUCGAAUUUCCACAUUGUCGUGGACGGAACUUGAAGAAACUUAAAACCUGGAUGAUGAUAUUCUGUUGGUAAGGAGAUGGGUAUUGAAUGGUUUAAGACCAGAUGCUAAACCAAAAGAUACCAGCCCGAUGUUGAAAGCGUUGUACAAUGUCUUUGAAUCUUUAGUCGUUGAAAAGAAUGUUCUUUGAAGAAACGUUACAGAUCGUUGUACCUAAGUUGGCUUCACCUGCAAAUUUGAGAGAUGCCCACCAGCAAGUUGGUCACCUUGGAAUAGCAAAAACAUUCGAAAUUAUUCAGAGAGGGUUUUAUUGGCCUGGAUUUUACAAAGAUGUAGAAACAUUUUGUAAAAGCUGUGAAAUUUGUGCGAGAAACAAAGUUGUACUAGGACCUCGAAGUCCUAUGAAACCAAUUGACAUUGUCCCAGUGCCAUUUUAUAUGAUAGGAGUAGAUCUUAUUGGUCCUUUGAAGUUAACACGUCAGGGAAACAAGUAUAUCCUUUCCAUUAUUGACUAUUAUACGAAGUAUGUAGAAGCAAUAGCUCUUCCUAAUCAAGAGGCGGAGACAGUAGUUCGAGCUUUGGAACAAGUGUUUGCCAGGCAUGGAAUGCCUUCAGUUUCGAGCUUUGGAACAAGUGUUUGCCAGGCAUGGAAUGCCUUCAGUUUUGCUCACGGACCAAGGCCGUAAUUUUGAAUCUAAUCUAGUAGCAAGUAUGUGUCAGUUGUUUGGGAUAGAAAAGAGGAGAACUACCGCUUAUCACCCACAGACAGAUGGACUAUGCGAGCGUUUCAAUGGAAUUCUAAAGACUCUCCUUCGAAUGAGAGUUAACAAUGAUAAGGACGAUUGGGAUGAGCAACUACCUCAUACUUUACUAGCGUAUCGAGUUAGCAAGCAGUUUUCUACCGGAGCAUCACCAUUUGAAAUGUUGUAUGGAAGAGAUCCCAGAUUGCCUCUAGGAGUAGAACCUGAAGAACUAGAAACCAAACCGACUCAUGGACCCGCCAAGUACCUACGCGAUUUAAAGAAGCGACAGAAUAACAUGCGAAAGAUCGUAAUGGAGAGAAUCGAACAGUCCCAGAAGAAACAGAAACGUUGUUAUGAUUCACGAAAUCGUGCAUGCCGGAGCAAAGACUUUACCAUUGGAGAUACGGUAUUUUUAAAGAACUUUAGAGCUCGAGGAUCAGACGAAAAAUACGUUGGGCCGUACCUAGUUGUUGAUGUUCAAGAUACUAGCUGUGAGAUAGAGUCGCUAGCCAAUAAGACAAGAAAGAUUGUUCAUGGGAACAAUUUAAAACGAUUUUCGAUUGACUAUGAUAUUGAUCAGGUUUACGAAGAAAGUGAAGAUACUGAAAGUUCUGAAUGUGACUUUGGUGAAAUUGGUAAUAUACUGCCGAAUCCUGAAGAACGCCAGAAUGUUCAAAGAAACGAUGAUGGUGCUAUUGUGAUGCAUGGUUACAACCUUAGACGCAAUCGAAGGAUGCCAGAUCGUUAUGGAAUACCUGUUGUGGAUUACUGAACAGAUAAGUUAAACACUUUAUAGUAAUUGAAUGUUACACGUUUAAGACAGUGUAUUAUGAACUUUAUCGAUCGAACUGUUGAACUAUUUCAUAUGUACUUUUAUGUUGAGUUGACCAGGAAAAUUUUAGUAGUAUAGUUAUGUUGAUAUUAGGUGGGGGGAGUGUGAAGAAGUGUCUUUUGGAGUAUGUAAUUUAAGUACCUUUUGGAGUAUGUGAUUUUAGAAGUAUGACCGCAUGGCGAAAGAGACAAAAGUGUGUAAGUUUUAUAGUUGAAAUAAUUGUGAGAUAGUGAGAGAUAUUUUGUGGAGAAGUUGCUUGUUUGUGAUAUCAGUAUUAAAGAACUUUAUCUAAAGUGUUCAGAGUGCUUCGUUACAGUUGCGAAAUGUAGUAAAAUGCAGAAAAUAUAGCCUUGCGAAGUUUGCAUAUUUUCAGUAUAUUAAAAUGGUAACAAUUUUCGCACGUAAUACAAAUAUACUGAAAAUAUGCAAACUUAGCAAGGCUAUAAUUAUUUUCUGCAUUUUACAACAUUUCGCAACCAAAUUUUGCAAUUUUACUGAUUUUAAUAAGUUCUUUACGGGAAUUUACUUUUUUUUGCCAAAAUCAAAAAUUUGUCUAACAUGCAAGUUGUCUAUUGUUGAGUCAAAACCAGAGAGGAGUGCCAUUAUUGAGCAUGAGCAAAACAAGUGCUAAAUAUACUAAUUUGGAAUAAACACCAACUUGAAGGAUCUAACAAACUGACAGACUGACAAACUCGCGCAGCGAAAAUAAAGCGAUGCGAAACUUCGUUUGGGCACCUCAAUACUUGCAGUGUAAUACUACAAACAUUAACAAACCAUUCGUUCUUUGAAUCAGUCAAUCGAUCAAUUGACGAACAAAUGAAUGAAUCAAUCAACAAUCUAUGAAUCAAUCAUUCAGAGUUAAUAGUUAGAAACUGCUGUAUACCUUUAAAGUAUUAAGAGCGGCCAAGGCAGCUUCAAGAGCAGGUAGUGCUUCAGCAAGAUCACUUUCACAUUCAUCUUUCAAAGCUUGAGAUUCCGCUGCUUUCGCAUUGGCUACUGCCUCGUCCUCACGAACUAUUUUACUUGCCGCUUCCACUUCUCCUGAUUCUUUUUCAAUAACCUAGGCAAAUAAAGUUUUCUUCCUAUUAAAAAUAAUUUAGCACCACUAUGGACAAUUUCAAUAUAGGAAAAUAUAAAAGAGAAGAAAACAAUAACAACUUCUCCCAUUAUGACAAGGUACAUGUACAAAAUAUAGACAGGUUAUACACGUACGACAUACCGUAAGCAUCUUUUCAUUCUCAGCUGCAGUUUCUACAAGUUGGGGCUGAAGUUCUUCAAGUUCCACUUGCAUGUCUGCUACCUGAAACAUAGGGUUUGUGAAAUAAGUAAAGAGUGUGUUAUACGUACUACAAAAAUGUAAUGAAAACUAAUUAUAAUUUUCUUCAAUAUAUGCAAAGGGAUAUAUGCAAAACGUGAACUUCAAGGAAUUUGCUGAAAUGAAUUGUUUGUGGAGUUUAAGUGGUCACUGGAGCAAGUGCAGUUAUUAACCUGUGAAGAGGCAAAUUGAAGCUUCUCCAAACCAACUUCGUACCGCCGUUUCAUCUUCAUUACCUAGAGAAGAAGUAAAGAUAAUAAGUUAGUAUGACUUAGCUGGGAUAUAUAGGUGGCAUGUUCUCCGCCAGAUCUCUGUACAAUAAUCCCCCUUCCUUCCUUCCUUGGGCGGAGAUGAAGUGAAUUAAAUCUUUUAUCUAUAGGGAAGGACUAUGUAAUAUACUUACUUCAUCUUGCUUUUUGUUUAGUAAUCCUUUAAAGGAAGAGAUAAGUUCCAGGUAGGAUGUUGGUGUAACAUAGUUAUGACGACCAAGUUCGUCAAGAUAGCUGAAAUAAACAAAAUCAAAAUUACAACGUGAGACGUAUAUACGAGGUACACACACCUAAAAAUUAAAACGUUAUCGUUAUUACAAACUGGAGAAUUGCUUUUAAGCACAUCAGAUAUGAAUACCGACUUAAUCCACUAAGGCCCUGUUCAUACGAGUUACUGUUUUUGUUUCUAUUUUCCAACCAUGCCGGUCAAUACUAUAUUAUAGGUCAAAAUCGGGAAAAAUUGGUCCAUCCAGGACAGGUGGGUUAAAGCUUUCAUAUGGAAAAUUUGAUCCCACUUGAUUGAGAUCCCACCUAGUGCAUGGUGAGACCUCACUUCUAGCCCUCACUUCAAGCCCUAAGAAGUUCUGAGUUUCUCAUAUGAACACAAUGCAGAUCUCAGGCUUUAAUUAAGAAGUUCCGAGUUUCUCAUAUGAACACAAUGCAGAUCUCAGGCCCUAAGAAGUUCUGAGUUUCUCAUAUGAACACAAUGCAAGUCUCAGGCCCUAAAAAGUUCUGAGUUUCUCAUAUGAACACAAUGCAGAUCUCAGGCCCUAAGAAGUUCUGAGUUUCUCAUAUGAACAGGCCCUAAGUGGCAUAAUGCGGCCAACGGUUUUACCGCUAAGGAAGCAUCUUGGACAAUCAAUCCGUCAAAGUUUUAGCAACUCAGAAUGUCAGUAAAAUUUUCCCGAAUCUUCUUUGACACGGUUUCUUCUUAACGUCGGCUUUCUCACAAGCGAAAGUGAAAGAAAUCUUGCAAAUACAGAACACUAUGAUAGUUGUUUAGUACCUUUCAGAGAGAUUUCUGGCACUGGUGUGAAAAUGCUUUACAAGCGGUAUAACCUCUGUCCUUUCUUUGUCCGUUAGACUGACAUCAGCUAAGAACUUCGUAGCUACCAUCGCCAAGGCAUCCUCAGGCCAAGGCUAAGAAAAUAAAAUAUGAUUAUAUGGGUGAAUAAUGCAAAAAAACGCAUACUUAUCCGUUUGGAAAACUAGUAUAACUACAUGAUACAGACUAUGAUUCCACUCAAGUGACUGUUUGGCGAAACAUUAUUUAAUUUAAGGAGCUCUUCGUGUCUUACGUCCGUUGCGCUUCUUGCAUUUCUGUCGUUUUUGCUUUGUAUUAGUGCAACACGUUCUCGCGCAUGAUACAGUGCCUAUAUCUCAUGAUUUUCGGAUUUUACAUAUUUGCGAUAUUCAGAACAUUUAAGCGUAUGUCAUUGAGUAAACACGCGUAAGCUGCUACAUUUGAAAUUUCUUUUUAAUGAAACGGCAAUAAAUUAUGGCGCCAGCACUAAUUUUAAUACGCCAGAAUACGACUCGUACACGAUUAAUCGUAGCGUGUAAACGUAGCUUAACUAUUAAAGUUACCGGAAGUGAUGUCUACCAGGAAAUCCAAAUUACAGUAGUUUUCUUUCUUUUGUAACCACAAUAUGAUUAUUAUACAUCACUUCCAGUGAUUUGACAGCCAAAAAUGCCACGAAGGCAGGAAGAUGGUUUUUCUCUAAGAAGAUGUAAUGCAUUUCGUUUCAAAAUGUUCCGAAUAUCACAACUACGGUAUAUAAACUCCCCAAUCAUGAUAUAGGCAGUUAUAGGCUAUCAUUUAAUACGGCGAGCAGCGAGCAUUGCAGCUUAAUUGGACCGUGAUACUCUGCCGUAAAUUAGAAUUAAACCUAUCCGCGCGUCACAUAUGACAGCUACAUGUGAUGCAACAGAGGAAACGAAAGGGGGAAAUGAGGACACUCGGAGACUGCAUACUUCCGCCAGCGAAUUAAGUGAUGUAUCAUGCAUAAAUUAUACAAUGGGCUAAUUACGCAUUCUGUUUACUCGGCCUGGCAAAGCAAGACAGAAGUUUGCUAGUGGAUAUUCCAGCUAUAGACUAAAUUUUGAUCUAGACAAGAAGAACGAAAUCCAUUACCACAGCUGGAAAGAGCAUCUUAAAAUGAAUAAAAUUGCAAAAUUUGGUUGCGAAUUGUUGUACAAUGAGGAAAAUGUAGUCUUGUGAAGUUCGAAAAUUAUGCAUAUAUUUGCAUUACGUGCGGGAAAAAUAACCAUUUUUGAGCCGAAAGUGGUAAUUUUUACCGCGCGUAAUACAAAUAUAUACAACAUUUCUUCAUUUUACAAAAUUUAACAACCAACCUUUGCAGUUUCAAUCAUUCUAAGACGCUCUUUCUAGCUGUGGUGUUGGAUUUGGUUCUUCUUGCCUUGAUCAAAAUUUAGUCCAUAGCCGGAAUCACCCAUUUCUCAUCCAAUUUUCAUCGAAAUUUAACCAAAAUUUAAUCAAUUUGCCCUUGCCAAUGCUCCAUAGGCCCACAAAUUUUCGUAUGAAUACUUUUGAUAUUUUUUAAGUGAUCGUGCUGACAGACAAACACACACACACAUACAAGCGCGGAUGAAAUCAAAACCUUCUGGCGGAGUUAAAAAUACUAAAAAGCAAACAUAUAUUCUUACCUGAAACCAAUCAAUGGUACAACAGUUAAUUAACGAUGGGAAUUGCCUCAGUCUGUUACGGAAAGCGUCUCCAAUAGGACUCAUACACAACAUUACGUGAAGAUUUUCGCGACAGCAGCUCACAAAGAAGUUGAAAAGAGCCAACGGUGAAAAUUCUGCGUUCUUAUCAUCAGCUUGUGCCUGGGCUACUGGUCGUACCAUCUGUAAUGUAGGAACAACAAUUAACAUUCUGGUCAUUCACGAACUAACAUUCAUGUAAUCAUAGUUAAUUAUAUAGAUGGUUUGGAAACGCAUUAGAAUAAAAAUAUAACUAUUAUCUAUGUUAGUCAACGUUUAUUCAUAAAUCUGGCCCUUCACCGUCACGUGCUUAUUGUAUUUUUGCACAACUGACCAAUAGCAAUGUUUUAGGAAAGUAACCUAUCCGUAAAUUGGAAAUUGCUAUUGGUGGAUUUGGCAAAAAUACAAUACACACGUGACGGUGAAGGACCAUAUUUAUAAAUAAACGUCGACUAACAUAGAUGAGUUAUAUGUUUAUUCUAAUGAGUUUCCAAAGCAUCUAUUCUAUUUUCUAUGGAAUAAUUGAUCCUUGAUCAUUAAAUGAAUGUUGCUCAACAAAAUGGACGGAAGGUAAUAAUGAUGAUAGUGACAAUUAAGUUGUUGCAUUCUCUGGUGCAUAAUCUAACUGCAAACAAGUUAUGUGUAACUUCUGUGCAUAUAAUAUGCAAAGACUUAAAGGACUACAUUUAUACUUGAUCCGAACGGGAAGAACAAAUUCUACUGGUAUUAUUUGAUUAUUAUAACAAUUCAAGAUCUUAAGAGCUAACCUCAACCAAUUCAGCUUUUUCAUCCACAGCGAAUAAAUUCGGGACUUCUCCUGUAUUCAGUAAGCUGUCGAUAUCCUCAAGGAAAGAUUCUUCUUUAAUUUGAGUAUCAGUUAAUAGAAACACAGUUGGCUUCAUUUGUGCACCAGCAGUCUUAAGCAAGGUCUGAAAACAAACAAAGACCAAGUUAUAGGAAAAACAGUAAAAGCUCUUUAAUAAUUCAUGAAAAAAAGACAAAGGAAAUCACUUCCAUGUCGGUGGCUUUAUAUGUGAUAAAAAAUCAUGUUUCUCGGCUUAGACAACGUUAAUUUUUAAAAUUACUUCGCCAAUGGACUUAUGAACUUAUAAGAUGGGCAGUUUUUUAAGCCAUUUAAAACACUCCCAUUUAUCACAUAUAAAAACUCGACUGUCGCCUCGUGUUUUAUGUCUAAUAAAGCACUCCUGCUCGUGUUUCAAAUUAUACUACUUAGUAAAUCAUUUCUUCAAGUUUCAAAAUUUUUAAUCACUUUCAGAAAGCAUCCGCAGUUUCCCAAAAAGAAUCACUAUGAUAAUUAUCGUGUUUUUAAAAUGAACAAUAACAUGUUGUCAACGCCUGGAAGAGAAUGAUUGGUUUUUCUCAGCGGAUCAAUGACAACCAAUUUUCAUCGAAAUUUAACCAGAAUUUCAUUGGGCCCUUGUCACUCCGUGUGACCUUUCCCAUGUACAAGUGCCUGCUUCCACAGUCCAGGGAGUUGUCGCCUCAUGUGACCGAACCUGUAGAAUGUACCAAAUCAAUACGUUGACAACAUCUUGCCAACGUCCAUGCCUGUCAGAUGUUGGGAUCCUAGGUAGCGGCGCUACCUGCAAGUGCCUGAAGCUAACUGCAAUUCUUGGUCAGAAGGCCUUAUGCAUGCUUAAGUAAAGUAGAAAAUUUCAAUUUUUCCGAAUACAUUCUGCAAUAUUUACCGACCAGAUUUAAUAAGAGUCGUACCCAGGACGUAAAUUCAUCAAAUGAUGCCAUCAAAAACUUAAAAUUUCCGGUUCUGUGGCCGAAUCUUAUUCGUCAGCCGACAAGAUUGUCGGCUUGAUAUACGAAAAUGUUCCAGCAAUUGGGUUUGAGCAAAUUAGUGGACACUCAAUUUUGACAAUAUGAAACGCAACUCAACAAAAUUUCUUCUGAAAUGUCGCAAUUUCAAGUGAAGCGAGCACGUUUGGACUACGUAGGGCUAACUGAAAAUGUUUUUUGGCUACCUGCAAAAAAAAUAAAUAUACAGGCAUGCCAACGUCUUGACAUCAUGCACGAAGUUAAAACUUCACGAUUCGUGUAACGAAAUCCUAACGAAAACAAGAAAUCUUCCACACUGUACAUGCGUUUCAAAAUCGGAGAAUUGUUGGCGCUCGAAUCAUUGCAAUUCUGUCAGUAGUAUCGGACUCGAGUAUCGUACAUCAACAUGCACGGUGUAAAAGAAAUGCAUUUAUACCUUGAUAUCUUCUCGCCAUUCAGCCAUCCCAUAACUCUUGGAAAUUUCCGGUUGGAAAACAUGGAAAUCUGAUAUUGCCGCAGCUAAACGUGAUAAGGACUGUCUACCGCUGCCGCCGACACCCACUAGUAAAGCAUUACCACCAGCUUGUUUUAAAAUACGACUGAUUCGAACCAGAUGCUCUAAAACAUACCUUGAAAAAAAGGAAUACGAUAUUGAUUUAAAAUUGUGCUUGGAUGAUGAACUUCACGGCGUAAAAAUACGGUUGAGACCAUGUUUUGUUAAAAAUAUUAUAGCCCAGAGGCCAGAGAGAGCAAACUCUUCACUAAUUUUCGCCAUUUUUGAUUGAGCAGUUCUUACAAAAUUCAUACACAGUGUUAUCGCACGACCGCUCGUUGUUGUAUUUAAAGGGAACUCACGUUGUUCGUUUUCUAAAAUUUCUUGGUGUUCACCGCAGUAUAAGGUUUUAAAGGGAUUUGAGUUUACUAAUCAUCAAAUGCCUUUACAGCU